CACCGCGCGCGCCGACACCACGCUCGUGCCGCGUUUUCUUUUACCGCGUUUUUCGUUUCCCUUUCGUUCUUUCCGUUUGUUUUCCGCCAUGUCGAAGGGCGACAGCGAGCAGCAGAACGGCUCCGGCGAGGAGUCCAAGACCAAUCUGAUCAUCAACUACCUGCCCCAGAGCAUGACCCAGGAAGAGAUCCGCAGCCUCUUCUCGAGCAUCGGUGAAGUGGAAUCUUGCAAGUUGAUCCGGAACAAGGGCGCGGCCUUCCCCGACGCGCUCAAUCACGCUCUGCACGGCGGCGGACAGAGCCUCGGCUACGCCUUUGUCAACUAUCACCGGCCCGAGGAUGCGGAGAAGGCUAUUGCGACCCUCAACGGCCUGCGUCUCCAGAACAAAACAAUCAAAGUGUCGUACGCGCGCCCCAGCAGCGAGGCCAUCAAAGGUGCCAAUUUAUACGUAUCCGGUCUUCCCAAGACCAUGACUCAGAGCGAGCUCGAGCGCCUGUUCAGUCCGUACGGGCGCAUCAUCACGUCGCGUAUACUAUGCGAGAACUCGGGCGGGCGGCCCUUCACCGGCGGCGAACAAGGUUUGUCCAAGGGCGUCGGCUUCAUCCGCUUCGACCAGCGCGUGGAAGCGGAGCGAGCCAUACAAGAGUUGAACGGCACCAUACCGAAAGGAGCCAGCGAGCCUAUAACAGUGAAGUUCGCGAAUAACCCGAGCAACAACGGGAAGGCGCUAGCUCCGUUGGCGGCGUACCUACCAGCCGCGCUGCGGUUCCCCGCGCCGCUGGGCCGGUUCAGUUCAGGCAAGUCGCUUCUCGCUAUAAACAAAGGAUUACAGCGCUACAGCCCUCUCGCCGGCGAGUUACUCGGAGGGGUCCUGCCCGGCGCCGUGGGCUCGGAGUGGUGCAUCUUCGUCUACAACUUAGCUCCCGAGACGGAAGAGAACGUGCUGUGGCAGCUGUUCGGGCCCUUCGGCGCGGUGCAGAGCGUGAAAGUGAUCCGCGACCUGCAGACGAACAAGUGCAAGGGAUACGGGUUCAUCACGAUGACCAACUACGACGAGGCUGUGGUCGCCAUCCAGUCCCUGAACGGGUACACGCUCGGUAACAGAGUGCUGCAAGUCAGCUUCAAGACCAACAAGAUAAAGACGAUCUAAGAUCGCAGGGGGAUCGGCCUAGCCGGGCGCUAGGACGGCACGCCAGGCUCGCAACCAUACAUGCUAGAAGUUCCGCGGCGGGAACACCUCCGCGCUCGACUACUCUCCUACAGAAGCGACGAAACACGAAAUGGCGGCGCGCAUGUUACCACAAGAUGGCGGCGCUUCGGGUGCCGAGCCGGCCUCGCAUCGAACCGAACACGCUGGUAAAAUAGUCAAUAACAAAAUAAUGAUAUUAAACUUCGCUUAUGAACGGUUGUGGUUAUCGAGAAAAUAGUUAACGAAUAUAAUAAUUAUUUAGCAAUAAUAGCCUGAAAUGCUAUAUUACGCUCCAAUUUUGUACGCGAUCAUAUCUGUUUAAGUAUAACUGUGCGAUUGUGGUGGGGGCCGCCUUAGGACCGAUUGCCAAAUGUAUCCGCUCACAGAGACCAGGUCCGCUACUGGCCACUCGCUCCCCAGGCGCUUAAUCGAAGUCAAAUAGUAUUAUAUUGUUAAAGAUUGGAUGAGAUGAAAAAAAUAUAUUAUUAUCUAUACAUAUAUUUUAAUCAAUAUAUUAAAAUUAAGGAUGAAACUAAUCAAAAACUGUGAUAGGUUUUGAUAAAAUUUUAAAAGGAGAUCUUUGAACGGUAUUGCGGUCACGGCGACGGCGGGUCACACCCGGGCGGCGGGCGGGGUUAGAUUUACACAUUUUUGAGAGAAAUUUUGAGGAAAAACCGUCGGAAACGCUUAUAGGGCGCUGCCGUAAGUAAACUCGUAAGUUUCAUAGGAUUUGAGAGUCGAACCGAGCAAAAGUGGGCCGUGGGGGUACGGGCUUAGGGGGGGAGGGGGGGAGAGGGGGUAAAUCGAUGGAGCUCGUUCCGGGAUCCGGGAAGCUCGCCCGGGAGGGGCCAGGGGGAACCCGCCCCGAGGUCACCAAGCCACACGGUGCAUACUCUAACUAUGGUGCAUACUCUAGUUUAAUGAGGUCGUCUACUCGACAUCAAAACAUACCAGUACCUGCUAUUUAAUGUAUGGAUGGAUGCGAACCUGCGUCUAUUUUAUGUAGGCUUUAAUUGUCUUAGUCUAAAUGGAAAUUUGUAAAUAUUAUAAAAAAUAUAUAUAUAUGUAUGUAUAAAUAUAUAUGUUUAAACUCGUUUAGUUAACAAAGAAAUAAUGAAAAAAUUAAAAACAAUAGAAUGAUUUCGCCGCGUCUGCAGACACGCCACGCCAUUACAUUAAACUCAAUCCGUAAAAGACCUAUUUGAAAACAUCGAAAUUGAAUAGAUAAAUAAUAUCGUGCCGUCCUAUCGACCCUACGAUUUUUGUAAAAAAAAUAUUUACUUAUAAUAAUAAUAAUAAUAAUGAUGAUGAUAACGAUAAUUUAAAAAAAAAAACGGUUUUGUAACAUUUCAAAUAUUAAUAGGUACUUACAUAUGGUUUAAUUAACAAAAGAUGGAGAUUAAAAAAAAUUUACAAGUAUUUAUUAUAUAUUUAUUAAUGUACAUAAUUAAAAAAAAAAAAACGUGCAAUAACUAAAUAGCCAUUAAUUAAUUAAAAAUAUAUUAAAUUAAAUUAAAAGUAAUAUUUAUAAAGAUACUUGACCCGGUUCACUGCGGGUCACAGCGUUGUUUCACGACAUGUUUAUUUACUAUUUAUUGUGAACGAUCCAAAUACGCGGGAAAACGACAUUAUUAUUUCACUAAAAUAAAAUCGCUUUAGUUUCAUCCAGCUUAAAUAUUAUGCUUAUUUUUUUAAAUAGCAUUAUAAUUUACAGUCAUCUGUUUCGGGUUAAUAAACGCGAUGCGCAGCGCUUAGGGUCCGAUGACCGAUAAGCAAUUUAGAAUUUUUAUAAGAUUUUUUAAAACAGCGUUAAACACUGUUUGUGACAGCCUGGCCGUGAGCGCUGAGCAUCCAUGAGCAAACGAACGAGUGAGUGGGAACGAGCGCGUGAGAAUAAAAGCACAAUUUUCUUGAUAUUAGAAUACUCUUAGGUUUAAAAAUUAAAUAGUUGUUGUAAUGUGUUGUUUCCACUUCAUCAUAAUAUUUCUACUAUAUUAGAAGCUUGAUGGGUUAUGAAAAAAAAAACUUAAAAUAUUUUUGAGUAGUUAAAAUUACGACUUAAUGUUGAUUAAAUUAAUCUUAAUGGUUACAUAUAAAUAAUUCUACUUUUUGUGCAUUCGUUCUUAGCGAUACUCUUAUUGAUUUAGUGUACGUGCAAUUCAUUGUCUAUUUACUUAAUAAUUAGUGUGUGUUUAAUUGAUAUUUUGUAAUUUUCAAUAAGUUUUGUUUACGGACAUAUUGUCGGGAAGCUGUCACUAAAAUCACAGAAAAAAAAACACACGCUAAAGAGAUGAUCUAGAUACGAUUGAAAUAAUAGAUUUUGGAAUCUCGAUUCUGUGGCUGUAAGCAAAGAGUAUCGAAAAUUCGUUAAUUAAUACAAAUUGAUUUAUUUAUUAGUAAAAUAUAUCGGGCGAUUAAUCCAAAGCGAAAAUUUGAAUUCAGUUGUUUCAAAAAAAAAAACACGUUCCCAUACUACCUAGUACUAAAAUCGCGUCUCUCUUUCAGUCAAGAACGACGGAACUAAUACUAAACUAUACUAGGUGGUAUCAGAACAAGUAUUUCGUUGACCUUUCCAAAUUUGUAAACUCAUAUUUUCAUUCUUUUAAAAAAUAUUUAAAAAAGACGUCCUCGUGACGGAGAUUUCAUCGAAACAAGAAACACCAAAAAUAUUUAACUGAAAACUCAUCGACUAUUUAGGUAUAAAUUUUAAAGAUAUAUAUAUAAAUGAUUGCGGGUUAAUAAUAGGGCAGUUCGUUAAGGUACUUGCGGUGGGACAGUCCAGCUGAUCGGAAAAAAAAAAAAUAUUUCUCUGAAAUGCUCAAUAGCUUAGUGGGAUAGCUUAGUAGAAAAUCAAAAAGCAAUAAUAACGAAUGUGAAAAUUUUUGUAAACCAUACUUAGCGUAUUAUGCAAGUCUAUAAUAUUUUUGUAUGUAUUUUAAGAAUAUACUAUAAAUCCAUAUCUUCAUAGUUUUAAGCGAGGGCUGGAUCUGUUCUACGACUGACAAGAGUUUUUGUGAUUGUAUGGAUUUUACGAAGUGUCCUAACUUGCACAAGCAGAGCAAGAAGUCCGCGCGUCGAAGCAAUCACGUUGCGAUUUAGAUGAAGUCGCGUACGCUGUGUUUGCGAGAUCUUUACGGUCGACUGCCAUCUAGAAAUCGUAAAAACACAAACUCAUAGGAGAAUUUUCGUAAGACAACUGCACUUGUGAAAGCUUUUGUCGUGUCCUUUUAUCUGCAAAGUUGCGUGAGAAUGGUAACGGAUGAUCUACAUCGCGAAUCGAACCCCAUAAUGUGAGCGAGACACCCAUCGGCGUCCGUAUUGCCGCUAUUGAAUGGUGUUUUGAUGCAUUUUAUGGUAUUUAAAAUAAAAUUGGCAUAACAGAAACAAUACUAUAUAACGCAUAGGCUAAUAUGGAUGUGGCUGUGAAAUUAGCAAAAUGAAUAAAGUUAAAUAAUCAUGUGGCAUUUGUUUGAAAUAAAUUUAUAAAAUAAAAAUUAAUUGGGAAUAAGGAAUCGUAGAAGCCAAAAUCGCACGAGCAUUCACUGUGGGAUGCGCGGGUGUAGGUACGCUUGGAUUUUGAAACUAAGCGACAGUAAUUCUCGUGUAUAUUUUAGUUCUACGAUAAAUAUAACGUGCUAACACGCGUUUAAAUAUGGUUAAUAGCCCAUUAUAAUAAGUAAAUCAAUUGAACAAACGAAAAACUCAUUUAAAUCCGUAUUGCGUGAAAAUGUCCGAACUAAGAAAAUGUUUAUAGGAAAUAGCUGUAUUGUGGAAUUUAUAAAAGCAUUUUAGAGUUUUUUCUAAGCUUAUGGUGCGAUAGAUGGGAAAUGACGCGUCCAUUGCCGUGAGCACAAAGAACAUGGCGGCAGUGUUGCGCGCCAUUCUCUAUAGUUAAGACUCAAAAUAAUAAAUCUUCCAUAGGAAUUAUAGUAAGUUAAACUACACGCGAAUCGUUUGACAAACGUCUCAAAUGCGAUACGUGGCCAAGAAACGCUCAAUCAUUUAAUCGGAAUACAAUAUCGAUUUUAAUCGACUAAAAAACUAUUCGAGUAAAGUUCGCGUUGUAGGUAACGACACAUCGACUACUUGUUACUAUUACGUCAUACGUCAGAUUUUUAAAUAUAUAAUAUUGUUAAAAAAAACGCAAUACUUUUGCUAAAACAUUUUUCAAAGGCCAUUAUGGCUGCAUUAAUAAUAUUUUAAAAAUGAAUAUUUGUAAUCUUUGCUCACUACAUACUUCCCCGACUGUUUUGGAUCAGUUUCUGUAGUUUCAUAGUGUUAAGUGAGAUUUUAGCAAUAGAUAAAAAUGUUUUUGAGACACACACCGACCUGCUCUCGGUAUGAUUACUGGUCGUGAUGAUUCAAUAAGCAUGCCAUCCAUGAGAAACAGUUUUGGAUCUCAACAAAACAUGUCGAUAAACACAAAAUACCGCACUAGAAAAUUAUGUACAAAUGCCAUUGUAAAACCGACUCAAUCAAAUUGAAAAUAUUAUAUAUUUUGCAAUGGUCUUUUCUAAGAACAUUCAAAACGGUGUUUUAUGGUGUUUUUCCCCCCAAAAAAAUAGACAGUGAAUGGAGUGGAAUCGAGGAUUGUUUUAUCAAGAAAUUAUUGAAAUUUGUAGACAUAACCUAAAUGUUGAUAGAUUAUUACAAUAAAUUAGUAAAUAAACAUCGGUUCUAGUAUCGGGUUAGCGAAUUAUUAUUAAAAAAAAACAAUAGUUCGAAUUUAAAAAUAUAUUAAUAUCAUGUAAUAUCAAUUUCACUGUCUAUUUACCUAAUGUUAAUUGUUUUCGGUGUUGUUUCCUCUUCUAAUGGUUUGUUCCCAUUUCGUAUCGAUAAUAGAUUGUAAUAAAGGUGAUGAAAUAUCGAUAAAGUCUACUUAACUACUACACGUCUGUUACUAUCUGAAUCUUUAAAAUUAACAUCGAUUAACUUCAGUCAUAAAAUCGAGUAAAAAUCAUUUAGUAUGUAAUCGAUCGACUGAAACGCGACUGGCUGAUAAGCAAUAAUUUUUAUACAAUAUUAUCGUAAUGGGGACGAACCGAGCAUUUGCAGAGUUCAUGUGAUCUAGUAAAUUAGUCGAUUGGCGAGCGUUUGAGGUGUCAAUGAACCCUUCCAACAUAAUCGAAGAAUAUUUAGUGGGUUUAAACAAUUGCAUCGUAAGAUAUAUUUAUGAAUCUCAAGAAAGUGAAGUAUUGACGAAGUAUUUUACGAUUUUCAAUGUUAACAAAUUGAAAACGAUCGUAUUUAUUAGUGAAACGUGAGUGAAGUCCGCCAUUUUCCUUAUUUAAGCUAGCUGGCGACACUUUGAUACGAAAUACGUAUUUUAUAAAACUAGUGAAAAAAUAAAUAAACCAAAAAAAGUUUAAAAAACACUUAAGAUCUUCCGGUUUAAAAUUUAAAACAAAAAAACGUCAAUAUUUAAACAUUCAUUUUUGUCUUUUUAUGGAUUAUUAAGUAAAAUUAAGCUGUAGGCGUCUAUGUGUUGGUGAUAUGUACCGAUUUAGUUGAUAUAUUAUUAUACCUAUAAACGGUAUCUCUAUUUAUAACUAAUUAUUGUGUCGAAUAUAAUAAUUACCUCUGUAGCUUUUGUGAUGAAUAUUCAUUUGCACAACAUGUAGUGGAAAAUAUCCAAGUACACUUUUGACUUAUGCUUAUCCGUUUUCGACUGAAUAAUGUGAGUGAAUACGGUUACUGACAUGAAAUUUUAACGAUAAAUCAAAGGAAGCAGCUAAAAAAUAGCAAGCGUGGCGGUCAGUGCCAUUACAAUAUCAGACUGUUUGGAAACAAAGCAAUAAUUUAAUGUAAAUAAUAAUUUAGUUCGAAAACGGUUAAGAGAAGGUACUUUUUUUAAAAUGGUUCCUAGAUUAAAAAUGUGUAUUUGGAACUCAGAUACCUAAUGAGCUCGAAUUGUUAAGCAACAACAAAAAAAAAAACGUUGACACAAUUUACAAUAACAAUUUUAAUCUAAAGCCAUGUUAAAAAUUUGGUGUCGUUUUUAGUAUUUAAAUGUUGUUCCAAAUUAUUUGUAUGUAAGAUCGUUCAAAACGGUUCGCUUCCAAACGAACUUUCCCAAAAAGUAAGGCUACUGUUUUGCGGAAAAUAUCGUUAGGGAUAAUCCGUAAUACUUCAUGAAUAGAAUGUUUAAAAUGCCUAGUGAUUUCCCUAAAUAAGCAUCGUAAAACCAAUAUAUAUUUAAAUAUAUUAUAUUAUGUAGCGGUUAUGUACUUGCUUAUUUUGAUUAUUAAUUAAAAUAUUUUUCUCGUAAUUUAUGUGUCUAUUUCUAAUUUAUGUAUUAUAAUAAAAAAAAAAAUGUGAAAUAUGUCAUUCUCUUCACUUUAUACAAUAGUUUAUACAAUAUGAUAUUUAAUAUCCUCAAUGGUUGUAACUAUACAUUUCUUGUUCUAAAUAUAUAAAAAACCUGAA